GCGAAACGAGAUAGCAUCAUACCCGAGUCUAUUUAGCUAUCAACGAGCGUUGCCCUUCAACCAAACGCUUCUUCUUCGCUUAAACUACAUACAAAAUGUUUGGAGGAUUCGCCCCCCCUCAGCAGUCUCAGGAGGAGAUCCGCGCUCUUGAGGCCGAUGCUGCCUUUACAGUCCAAGGUGCCAUUACCACUGCUGUCCUCCUCUACCUCUCUCCCUUCGCUAUCGACCUCGUCGGCAAGAUCUUCUAAAUACCAAUAACACCGUUUACGACUAUGAAUCUGUCCGUGUUGUCUUUGAUAGUGUUAUGAGCCUGCAGAAAUGCGGUCGAUGGUGCUUCCGCCGCGCCAUGUACAAUAGAACCGGUUUAGAUGGGACGGGCGGGAAGUCAUGAUUAAUCUGUAACAAUACAUAUCCCAAGACGUGGUAAAAGCCGCGCAGCAACAUUGCUCACGAGAUCAAAAUGCACCAUAUCCGUUCCCAGUUCAUAAACCCAAUAGAGG